UCAGACAAUGUGCAGUUGCAGACAUCUCAAACAGGAGGCAAUUUGCCAUGAAUCUUUAUCAUGAUCGUGCUGGCAGCGUCCGUGUCACUCUAGCAACACCAACCCCGAGGGGUCUUGCAUUGGCUCUGAGCAAUGGGCAAUGGGAAUUGAAUAGUUUCAGAGCCCAUUGGUCUGGCAGGAGCCUUGGAUAUUCGGGUCGGAGAGCUUGGCCCAAGAGCCGCAGAGGGGAACGCAAGCAUGGCAGAGGCUCAAUCUGCACGAAGUCAACCUGUCCAGGUCCAGAGCUGACCCCAGAACAAGAGGAGGCCCUCAAGAAGAUCCAAGCUGCUCAGCGGGGCCUCGAGCUCCGUAAGGCCGACGCUGAGACCGCCGAGACCGCCGAGACGAAGCUGACGCCGCAGCUGCCCACGGCCCCACCGCCGGGCGAAGAAAACGCUCGAGGCCUGCGGCGCCGGCAGAAGCGGCAGCUCCUCCGAAAAGCAAGGAUGUAUCGCUUGUCCUAUGACUUCCAGAAGAAGAAACUCAUUGAUCCUCUAACGUGAGCCGCGUGAGAUGAGAACCUCUGACGUGAGUCCCGUUCCGCAAACGUUCCUGUUGCUUCGGUGGACAA